AUGCAACAGAAUACUACUGCGAAUGAGGAUCCUACUCCUCACGAAGCUGCGCAGAUCCAAGCAUCCACAAGGAAGCGCACCAAUACGACUAAAUCAACAACCACUAAAAGCAUCUCAGGGGCGGUAAAGCGUACAAAGACAUCAACUACAGCACCUAUAGUUCCUACUGAAAUCAAUGAGCCUACAGCAUCAACAACACACCCACAAACACCAGAGGCCCCUACAACCUCACGAAUCAUACCAACAGCUGAAAAAAUUAAGGCAAUCCCAUUCACAGCUAUUAAAAAACAGCCUCGCGGUAGACCACCUAAAUCUAAAUCAUCCAACAAUAACGACGAGAACGAAUCAGAGCCCACGGAACAGAUCCAAUUGGCUAUAGAUAUCACUCAAUCGAGCGCUCCUGUGGAGACUAUCGACCCGACACUACUCAGCAAGGAUAACAUGGCAAAAUCAAUGGCUCCAGUCACCAGAUCAAGAGCCUACCUUGAACAGAUACGCAGACAGCGCAUCCAGGCCCACCGCCAAGUACGUACACGAUCUCAAGAUUCGGAUGAGAUACCACUACCCCGGAUAUCACAGCUUCCACAGAUAAACAUGACAAUGGAAGACAACAACGUCAUCCUAAGCAGCACAGCUAGCUACCGUGAACUUAAUGACAACACAACUAUUGAUUCGGAAGGCUAUACAGAACUUUUGAAUAGUUUCCAUCCCAGUCAAGGACCACGCGCAGCCCCUAUUAAGGAAGAAGAGAAGGAGGAUGACCUACAAACUUAUAACACGCAUAAAUCCAAGGAUGAGGUCAUGGCCACAUUCUUACGUGAUCCCCGAGCUCUCCGCGCCUCUGUGAUUGCAAUUCAGGAACCAUGGAGAAACGAACUAAACAAUACAACGCACCAGCCUGCGAGUCUUACACAUCAACUCCUUUAUCCCAAACCUAACGACAACAACGACAACACUAAUAACAAUAAGAGAGCCCGUAUGGCCUUAUUUGUCAAUAAAAGCAUCAAUCCGGCCAGCUGGUCUCACACUGUCAUAUCGCCUGACUAUCAAAUCCUACAUAUUCACUAUCAACGUUGCCUACAUUCGAAUUCAAAUUCCGAACCACACGAUCUCUAUAUCCACAAUAUCUAUAAUGAACCACGUUCGACAACCUUUACGCACAUAGAUCGAGAACUAACCCGACUAGGAUGCUCACAAACCACAGCACAUAUAGUUCUUGGGGACAUGAACGCCCACCAUCCAGCCUGGGGUGGCCCUGGCACCAAAAUCGACGAACAAGCCACGGAAUUGCUUGAGAUCAUGGAUCGCCAUGGGAUUGAGCUUGCUACCGAAGAAGGACUAGUCACCUGGGAACGUGGCCAAUCACAAUCAACAAUCGAUCUAACAUUCUUAUCUACAACCUUAUUUCAUCGUCUUGUACUACACGAGCGUGCAGAUGAGAUCCAACAUGACUCUGACCACUGGCCAAUCAGGAUGCAGAUCGACAUUGAUACACCAACUCACGAACCACCACGGCGCCGCAACUGGGCAGCGAUAGAUAUCAAAGUGCUACAGGAAUUGCUUAGCCAACUCAUUGCACCAAGGCUUAUAAACACAUCAAAAUCUCAUAUUAAACUUGCAACAGUGGCCUUUACAGCGGCUAUUCGCAAAGCAGUUGAUCAAUCAGUUCCAUGGGCUCGUCCGAGCGCGUGGAGCAAUCCAGAUUUUACACCUGAAUGCAAAGAGGCUGUACGAACCUGCCGCCAGCUACGACGUCAAUUCUCAAACACCCACAAUCCGUGGAUCUGGAGGGCUUACCUACGAGCCCGCAACAAGAAGAAACGCCUAGUCAAGAAAUCCUUACGACUAGGCCAUCGACGUUGUGUACAGCAGGCGACAGAGCAAGGCCCCUUAGGCCUCUGA